CGAAGGGUCGACAGGCGUGAGGCGACUAGUGCCGAAAUUUAAUUGAUAAAUAUUUAUUUAAGCUGAAAAAUGGUGUUUGUAAAAUUAUUUCACGUUUUUCCAAUAGUAUUUUUAUUUAUAAUAUGCAUUUCCAAAAUAUCCAAAGCGUCACGGGCUGAAUUUGUAACAUGCGGCACAAUGUUAAAGAUAAUGAACACGGAUUUGCGUCUUCGUCUUCACUCGCACGAUGUCAAAUACGGCUCCGGUUCUGGCCAGCAGUCGAUUACAGCUGUGGAUGUAAGUGAUGAUCAUAACAGUCAUUGGCUAGUGCGACCAGCUAUGGGUGAAACUUGUAAAAGAGGGUCUCCAAUUAAAUGUAAUACCAACAUCCGGCUUCAGCAUGUAGCAACAAAGAAGAAUCUACAUUCACAUUACUUCUCAUCGCCACUAUCAGGAAAUCAGGAAGUGUCAGCAUAUGGUGAUGAUGGUGGAGAGGGUGACAGUGGUGACAACUGGACUGUUGUGUGCAACAAUGACUACUGGAGAAGAGAUACUCCAGUCAAAUUAAAACAUAUUGACACAGCAGCGUAUCUGGCUGGGUCAGGCAGAACAUUUGGCCGCCCGAUCAGUGGUCAAGGAGAAAUAGUUGGUGUUACAUCUCAAUAUGGGGCAUACACUGACUGGCAAGCAAUGGAAGGAUUAUUUGUACAUCCCAGUGACCUAUUACCACACCAAGCAGCAAUACAUACUGAAUUAUAGAACAAUAAUUGAAAUUUUAUGUUCAUCAGAUUACAAUUUAUAUAAAUUUUUCAAGUUUACCAAAGAUUGAAUUAAUCAUCACUGUCUACACCUCUGAAAAAACUUAUUUAUUAUUUUUUAAGAUGCAAACAAUUUGGGUUCAAUAGGACUAAACACAAAUGUUUUAUUAAAUCUUAUAAGCAAAAGAUGCUGCUGAAUGCACAACUUUGUGAGAAUAAAUUGUGAUACAAAUAAA